AUGGCAUCAUCUCUAAGGGGCCCAUCACCACCGCUGGAUGGCGCACAGGCAAACAAGGACCGUGUGAGCGGGAAUCCUGACAAGUCGCCAAUUCCUGCCCAAGCCACAGGUGGCGGCAAUCCCAUUCUUCACGAUACCGUCACCGGCUUCCCAUUGAUGCCCGAGAUGGAUCGAGUCCCAGGCAUUCCUAGUCAAGCUGAGGGUGUUGUGCCGAAGGUGGAGGAUGCCAAUAGCAUGGAGAAUGGAGACAACCGAGCAUUGAUCCCGGCCGUCGACUCUCGUGAAAACUCCAUCCAAUGGGCUCGUUCCGAAGUCGACUCCAGUCUUUCUCGCUCCCCAUCUAGCGAGCAACUCCGCCAUGAAGAAACCAAGAAAUGGGUUCACGACCCUAGCGGACCAGGCUUUCUCUAUGGGCGUGGGGAUGCUGUAGCACUACCCUCCCGUAGCGCGAAAAAUGUGUCGGACAUGGAGUCUUUUGGAGUGGGAGCUCCUCCGACAGUCUCUCCGGUUCGAUACCCGGGCCAUAUUGUGGUCGAUGACAAGGGCUCGUCGCCCUGA